GGGGUUGGUUGCAGAAACAAGCGCACCCAUUUGUUAGCAGGAAUGGCUACCACGGAAGUGGAGCGUCGACGAGGCCAGCUCGCUGCUCUCUCCAUAGCGGUCGUGGUCAUCAUUGUGGGAGUCCCUCUGUGGUGGCGAACAACUGAAACGUACCGCGCGUGGCUGCCUGUCAGUCAGAUCAAUGAACUGGCUAAACUGCAGCUUCAGCUGAGUGCUGAUGUGGAGGUUGUGUUUGCACGUGGCACCGUCACUCCGGAACAGCAGAAGAAAAUCCCCCUGACACAGACACAGGAUGAAGAACAUGGAGUAGACGAGGACACCGCUUUGAGGUACCGGUAUGAAACAAAAUACCGCACGGCUACAAUCAUGGAGGAGGACGCACUGAACCAGCCCACUGCUGCAGAAGCAGAUCUGUCUCUGCUCACGCUCAGUGAGAGCCCGUGUGGAUCUUUGGUCGUUUACAUUAUUCCACAGUCUUCUUCGCUGCUGCCUGAGGACGUUAACGUGUACGUCGGUCAACGCCGGACGGCCCUCUUGCGAAUGGGCCCCCAGAUGAGAGUCGGCAAGACGCUGGAACAACUCCUGGCUCACCUGGAGCCUCGGAUCAAGCAGGUGCUGCAGGUGAUGUCGUUCAGCCACGCCGACAUCACGGCUGCGCUCAGCGACCGAGUCCGGUUCAGUCCCGACAGCAAGGAGAGCAUCGCUGACAGCAUGAGGGCCUUCAAAUCCAGUCCAGGUUAUGAGAUAACCUUCAGUCUGUUGAACCCCGACCCAAAGUCACACCGGCUGCACUGGGAUAUCGAAGGCGCUGUGGAAACGUACAUCCAGCCUUUACUGACCAAACUGUCCCCUGUGGCAAACUUCAGUCUGGACUCUCAGACCUUGCACUAUGCCAUGCUCGGUGUCAACCCACGCUUCGACAGCAGCCGCAGCGCCUACACCCUCAAUGCUGACAGUCUUGCUCACGUCAUCAACCCGGUGGAAGCUCGACUUGGCUCUAAUGCUGCGUCUUCCAACCCGGUGUUGAAUUUUCUUUUGUACGUCCCCGAUGCCAACCAUUCGCCCCUUUACAUCCAUGACCGCCAUAAACAGGAAGUGCGCACUAAUGCGUUUCACUCCCCGCGAUGGGGUGGAAUCAUGGUUUAUAAUGUUAAUGGUUUCUAUGGGCCAGAGCCUCAGUUCCCGGUGGACAUUAAUAUUAACAUGGCCAAAGUCAUGGGAGUCUUCCUCGCACAGCUUCGGCUGCUGCUGGGCGUGCAGUCGUCGUCGCCUCCCUCAGACUUCCUGAUAGCGCCGUGUGGGAGCGCAGGACUGGCUGACUGGGAGCUGGACCGCCUCAUGUGGAGUCGCAGUGUGGAAAACGUAGCUACGGCCACCACCACCAUCACCUCUCUGGCACAGCUGCUGGACCAGAUCGGAAACAUUGUGAUUAAUGACAACAUUGCCCAACAGGUGUCCAGUGCCGUCACGUCCCUGCAGCUGGCCGUGGGCGAGCUGGAGGCCGGGAACCUCGGCUUUGCUCUCCAGUACAGCAAGGAAGCCAUCUUGGCGUCAGAGAAAGCCUUCUUCGACCCCUCGCUCCUCCACCUCCUUUACUUUCCCGACGACCAGAAGUUUGCCAUCUACAUCCCGCUCUUCCUGCCCAUGUGUGUGCCUAUCCUGCUGUCCCUGCUCAAGAUAGUGUCAGAGGCCAGACAGAGGCGCAGAGAAAAACAAGCCAAAAAGGACUAAAGCAUGAGGAAAAGGGGGCAUGACAAACAAAGAAUGAACUAAAUUCAUGGACUUGAUCUUUAAGGCAUAAUGGAGGGUUUCUUUGAAGGUGAUGGGAAUUUGAAGUUUUUUUUUUUUGUUUUUUUUUUUUUGCUGUCUUUGUCUGAGGAUUUAUGCUUCUUUUCUUUUCAGAUUUUAAUGAAUGGCUGCUAUGACGGUGUCGCACUGUACAGUUGAAAGCUUGAAUUGUAAAUGUGUACAAGUUUUAUAUUUGUGUAUGCCAUUUUAAGUUAUUAAGAAAAUA